AAAUCGCGGCCCGGUAACCUUAAAAACAUUCUAGAGAGUUCGUGGUUGAAUAAAGUUGUGUUACCUUGAGUAAACGAUUAAAAAUGGUACAAGUUCCAAGAAUCAAGUUCAAUAACGGAUUGACAAUUCCUACAUUUGGUUUGGGAACAUGGAAGUCUAAACCUGGUGAGGUGGGUCAAGCAGUAAAAGAUGCCAUCGACAUCGGCUACCGCCACAUUGACUGUGCUCACAUCUACGGUAACGAAAAAGAAAUUGGCGAUGCCCUUAAAGAAAAAUUCGCUGAUGGUACCGUCAAACGUGAAGAUCUUUUCAUCACCAGCAAACUGUGGAACACCUUCCACAGACCUGACUUGGUUGAACCAGCACUUAAAACCACUUUGUCCAACUUAGGCCUAGAAUAUUUGGACCUUUAUUUGAUUCAUUGGCCAUUUGCUCUUAAGGAAGGUGGAGACCUCUUCCCCACUGGUCCAGAUGCUUUCAGUGACGUUGAUUACGUAGACACAUGGAAAGCCAUGGAAGAGGUAAACAAGAAAGGCUUAACUAAAUCUAUUGGAGUUUCUAACUUCAACAAGAGGCAGAUUGAACGUUUGCUUCAAAACUGUACAAUCCCUCCACAAACCAACCAAAUUGAAGUUCACCCCUAUUUGACACAAAAGAAACUCAUCGAGUUCUGUAAAUCAAAGAACAUCACAAUCACCGCCUAUAGUCCCUUGGGAUCCCCAGACAGGCCAUGGGCCAAGCCAACUGAUCCAAAGUUGUUGGAUGACCCGAAAAUUAAGGCUAUUGCUAACAAAUACGGAAAAACUACCGCCCAAGUUGUAUUGAAAUACCAAGUCCAAAGGGGUAACAUCACCAUUCCAAAGUCAGUAACCAAGUCCAGAAUUCAAGAAAACUUCGACAUUUGGAACUUUGAAUUGACUGCUGAUGAUAUUGCUUUGAUUGAUACCUUCGAUUGCAAUGGUAGAAUCUGCCCGUACGAAGACGCUAAAGCCCACAAAGAUCACCCAUUCACCAAUGAUGAAUAUUAAAUGGAACCACGGAUACAUAUACUUAUGCUGUUGUUAUAAGUGUUCACACAUAAAUUAUAUACAAUGUAUAUCUUUUUAAUAAAGUUAAUAUUAUUGAAAA